GCACUGGUCGUUCCACUUUUGUCAAUACUCUUUGUGGUAGUGAGGUUUUACCCAAGAAGCUAUGCGAUAAUCCUGAAUCUGCACAUAUAGAAGAAGGUAUUCGCAUCAAACCAGUAACAGUUGAAUUGGAAGAAGAUGGAGCCAGAAUUGCUUUAACAAUUGUAGACACACCUGGAUUUGGUGAUAAUAUAGACAAUGAAUUUUGUUUCCAAGAAAUUAUGGGUUAUUUGGAAAGACAAUAUGAUGAUAUUUUGGCCGAAGAAUCGAGAAUUAAACGUAAUCCACGAUUCCGAGAUAAUCGUGUCCACGCACUUCUUUAUUUUAUUACGCCUACCGGUCAUUCGUAUGUAUCGAUUGAUAUUGAAUUAAUGAAACGUCUCAGCCCACGUGUCAAUGUCAUUCCGGUUAUUGGUAAAGCUGACACAUUCACACCCACUGAACUAGCAGA